AUGCCUCACAAGGAAGAAGGAUCCCAGACCCUUGGAGAAGAUCUGCUUGCUUGUUGUUUUUUUUGCCUACAGUUUGAAGAGCUGGUGUACCUGUGGAUGGAGCGGCAGAAGUCAGGAGGAAAUUACAGCCGCCACCGGGCUCAGACGGAGAAGCAUGUUGUGCUCUGUGUCAGCUCCCUCAAGAUAGAUCUGCUGAUGGACUUCCUGAACGAGUUCUACGCUCAUCCGAGGCUGCAGGAUUACUACGUGGUCAUCCUUUGCCCCACAGAAAUGGAUAUUCAGGUGCGCCGUGUGCUUCAGAUCCCAUUGUGGUCCCAGCGGGUGAUCUACCUCCAGGGAUCUGCCCUGAAAGAUCAGGACCUCAUGAGAGCAAAGUGAGUUUGGUUUAGUUUACUGUCAUUGCACCUCACACAAACGAAAUGGGAAGGCCAGGAGUCUCCGGAACAAUGGCAACGGAUGUACGGGCGCUGCUCGGGCAAUGAGGUGUACCACAUCCGCAUGGGCGACAGCAAGUUUUUCAUGGAGUAUGAAGGGAAGAGCUUCACCUACGCGUCCUUCCAUGCUCACAAAAAAUACGGUGUUUGCUUGAUGGGAGUGAAAAAGGAGAACAAGAGCAUCCUUCUCAACCCGGGACCACGGCACAUCAUGACCGCGUCCGAUACGUGUUUCUACAUCAACAUCACCAAGGAGGAGAACUCCGCCUUCAUCUUCAAGCAGGAAGAGAAGCAGAAGCAGAAAUUUAUGGGCAAAGGGAUCUACGAGGGACCGUCAAGAUUGCCAGUCCAUAGCAUCAUCGCUAGCAUGGGCACGGUGGCCAUGGAUCUUCAGAACACCGAAUGCCAUCCCAAUCACAGCUCCAAGUUAACAUUGCCAUCCGAGAACGGGUCUGGAAAAAGGAGGCCCAGCAUCGCUCCAGUUUUGGAGGUGGCGGAUGCCUCUUCUCUUCUACCCUGCGACAUGCUGAGCGACCAAUCCGAGGACGAGGUGACUCAGUCCGAUGACGACGUCCUGACCAUUAUAGAGUCCGGUCUGCGGGCUGCAAAUCGGAUUUCUGUUAAAAAGUGUGGGGGAAACUUGAUCAGGGUUGGUGAAGUCCAGUUGAGCAAGACAUCCGUCUACAUUUCUGAUGUAGUUCACCUGAACAUUGGUAGACCUCCUUGCAAGAAGACCAACAAGAAGGAUAACAGGAACAGAGGCUAA